AUGAAGCGUAAGAAACGUGCUUAUUCUCGAAGUGUACAAAAUGACAUAGAAAGGCUAGCAGAUACUAAUUGUAAUGAUUUUUGGAAAAAGAUUGGGAAUAUAGGUCUUGGUACCGAGAGACGUAAAAAUGUUCCUUUUGAGGUUGUUGUUGAUGGUAUGGUUAGUAAAGAUCCUGAAAUUGUUUUAGAGGAAUGGAAGUCUAAUUUCUGCACUCUGUUAAACCCGGCAUAUAUUGUCAAUGAGGAUAAUGUAGCGGGUAAACCGGUAAGUACAUGUCUGGAGCUGGGUGAUGUCUCUGAGGAAGUGUUUGAUUGUAUUAUUACUCAUGAGGAAGUGUUGUAUGUCUUGAGAAAGGCAAAAUAUGGUAAAGCACCUGGGUUCGAUGAUAUUCCUGUGGAUUUACUGAAAAAUGAAACAGCCUUGGUAAUGUUGAUAGACCUCUACAAUCACUGUUUUACCAAUGGAAUGGUUCUGUCUGAUUGGUCAAAAGGGGUCAUAACACCUGUUCCAAAAAAUUCUACAGCAGAUCCUCGUGACCCGCUUUCUUACAGAGGCAUUACCCUGGCCCCAGUCAUGUAUAAGUUAUAUGCCAGUGUACUAAAUGAAAGAAUUUACAAAUGGUGUGAAGAAAAUAACAUCAUAAAUGAUGAGCAUAAUGGGUUUGUCAAGGGUAGGAGUACCAAAGACCAUGUUUCUUCGAUUACUGAUAUCAUAGAGACAAGAAAACUUAAAAAACAGUGUACGUUUGCAGCAUUCAUAGAUUUCCGAAAAGCAUAUGAUUUUAUUAAUCGAAGCAAACUGUGGGAUAAGUUACAGAAAUCAGGUCUGAAGGGUAGACUACUUUAA